GAUAAAAACGAUGGUUACAAAAGGGAGUAUAAAAACGAUGGUUACAAAAAGGAGGAUAAAAACGAUGGUUACAAAAACGAUGAUAAAUACGAUGAUAAAUACAAUGAUAAAUACAAUGAUAAAUAUAAUGAUAAAUAUAAUGAGAAAUACAAUGAUAACAAUGAUAAAGAUUGGGAAAAAAGAUUUAAAUGUACUGCAGUAAUUUUGCUUCUCAACAACCCAGGAUAUAGUGAGUCUAAGGAUUUCUGGCUUAGUCGUAAAUAA